GAGUUCAUUGCCACAGGUAUAAACCGUACGGCUCACGUGUCAAAUAAGUAAAAGAAACUGGACAUUAUUGUGGCAGAAAGGUUUUUGGGACUUCAGGAGUUUACAUGGGAAGACUUGCAAGGGGUACUGGCGCUGGAAGACGGCUCGCCAGAUCGCUUGAAUUUUUUAACAGAAAAGUAGUUUGAUUUCGUUUAUUUAUUUAUUUACACACACAGGCUCCGUUUUUUGUGGAAUCCUGUUUUCAUCGGUCACAGUAGGUGGCGGCAUGCACACUAAAUUGUGCGAACGCCAAUAUACCAUAGAAGAAGCAGAAGAGCGGACGUCUCGAUCCAUGGUGGAAAUCCCAUCAUAUGAACCGUUAACUCGGGAGACGCCGAGUUAAAAUGGUUGAUAUUCGACCGGAGAAGCAUCCUCAAACUCAGUUUAACGUCGUGAACGUCGUACUCACAAUUCAUAUUAGUGUGUAGCUUGCUGCGUCGGUGCCAUGGCGGUGAAGGACAAGCUGGAGGCGGUGCUGAACGUGGGUCUGCGGGUCCCCAGCAUCAUGCUGCUGGAGGUACUUUACCGCUGGGACGUCAGCUCUUUCUUCCAGAAGAUCCAGAGAAGCAGUCUCAACAACAACCCCCUCUUUCAGUACAAGUACCUGGCUCUCUACCUGCACUAUGUUGGUUACAUCCUCAGCCUGGUGCUCCUGACUCUGCCUCGUCAGCACCUGGUGAAGCUCUACCUGUACGUGCUCACUGCCCUGCUGCUCUUCGCUGGACACCAGGUCUCCAGGGAUUAUGUCCGCAGUGAGCUGGACUCCGGAUACGAUGGACCGCUCUACCUGGAGGCGCUGUCCAUGAACCGAUUCUCCACUGCCCUCAUAGGUCAGCUGGUGGUGUGCACCCUGUGCUCAUGUGUUAUGCAGACCAAGAGGAUCUGGCUGUUCUCUGCUCACCUGCUCCCCCUGGUGGCGCGCCUCUGCCUGGUCCCCCUGGACACCAUCGUGUUCAUUAACCGCUUCGCCAUGAUAUUCACGGGCCUCGAGGUCAUCUACUUCCUGGCCUCCAACCUGCUGGUGCCCUACAACCUGGCCAAGACCGCCUACAGGGAGCUGGUGCAGGUGGUGGAGGUGUAUGGGCUGCUGGCUCUGGGGAUGUCCCUGUGGAACCAGCUGGUUCUGCCUGUCCUCUUCAUGUGCUUCUGGCUGGUGCUGUUUGCCCUGCAGAUCUACACCUACUUCAGCAGCCGCGACCAGCCCACCUCCAGAGAGAGGUUACUCUUCCUCUUCCUCACCAGUAUUGCAGAGUGCUGCAGCACUCCCUACUCCCUGCUGGGCCUGGUCUUCACUGUGUCCUUUGUGGCGCUGGGCGUCCUCACCCUCUGCAAGUUCUACCUGCAGGGCUACCGGGCCUUCAUGAAUGACAACACCAUGCAUCGGGGAAUGACGGAGGGCAUCACGCUAUUGAUCCUGGCUGUGCAGACGGGUUUGAUUGAGCUACAGGUCAUCCAUCGAGCCUUCCUCCUCAGCAUCAUCCUCUUCAUCGUGGUGGCCUCCAUCCUACAGUCCAUGCUGGAGAUAGCUGACCCCAUCGUGCUGGCUCUGGGGGCCUCACGGGACAAGAGCCUGUGGAAGCACUUCCGGGCCGUGAGCCUGUGCCUGUUCCUGCUGGUCUUCCCAGCCUACAUGGCCUACAUGAUCUGCCAGUUCUUCCACAUGGACUUCUGGCUGCUCAUCAUCAUCUCCUCCAGCAUCCUCACCUCACUGCAGGUGCUGGGCACCCUGCUCAUCUACAUCAUCUUUAUGGUGGAGGAGUUCCGUAAGGAGCCCGUGGAGAACAUGGACGACGUCAUCUACUACGUGAACGGGACCUACCGGCUGCUGGAGUUCCUGGUGGCGCUGGUGGUGGUGGCCUACGGCGUGUCGGAGACGGUGUUCGGGGAGUGGACGGUGAUGGGCUCCACCAUCAUCUUCAUCCACUCCUACUACAACGUGUGGCUGCGCGCCCAGCUGGGCUGGCAGAGCUUUCUGCUGCGCCGAGACGCCGUCAACAAGAUCAAGAGCCUGCCCACUGCUUCCGACCUGCAGCUGGAGCAGUACAAUGACAUCUGUGCCAUCUGCUACCAGGACAUGAAGUCUGCCGUCAUCACCCCCUGCAGUCACUUCUUCCAUGCUGGCUGCCUCAAGAAGUGGCUCUAUGUACAGGAGACCUGCCCCCUCUGCCACAAACAGCUGAAGAGCCAAUCACAGCCCGCCAAUGCCACCGCUGCACCCGCCCAGGACAUUCUACCAGCCAAUCCCAACCCAGCAGAGGCUGGGCAAGGAGAGCCAGUGGCCAGUGCGGCUGAAGGGAACAAACCAGUGAUUCAGAACGGUGCUCCUGUUGAAGGGAGCCAAGCCAGCCCUUCUUCCUCCCCUGCUAACCCUGACCCAGAUCCUGAGGGCCAGGCAGAGGAGAGGGCCCCAUGCCCCCAGCAGACUGACACAGUGGACAGGGUGUAUUUGGAUGGCCAGGUGGCAGGUCCGUCACAGGGCUCAGGGGAGUCAUAUCUCAGGCAUCGCCAGCCCCAGCAGUCUGCCGCCUCCCCUGAAGCAACAUCAUCCACAGCAUGUGCAGCUGAACUCCAGUCACAACUCCAGUCAGAACUACAACAGUCUGCCAGCCCCUGCUGCCUCUGAGCCUCGCUCAUGCACACCACCUCACACACAGCUAAAGACUAUUCAUCCUCAAGUGGCUAAUAUGUACGACUUCACCAUGAUAGAGGUUGCUGGUUAACGGUUGGACUUUCCCUAAUGCCACUAUCCAACACCUCCCCCUUAACGAACUCUCAUCUAUUUGUUGCCUGCUGCUUACGUUUGGUCUUAAACGUCAUUCAUUAACAUUUCAUUGUUAAUUAAUUUCAUUCAAGUACAUUUCAUGGUUAUUAAUCCAAUAGGAUUUCAUAUAUGAAAUCUGAUGCAGACUUGAGUGAUGCCAUACUAAACCUCACUUAGCAUCAAAAUAAGUAAGUAGACUUGCACGAGCCUUGGCUUGUGCUAGCCGGAACGGCUCAUAGGAGCAGGAGCCUAUCUCCUGUUUCUGUAGCGUGAGGCAGGUUGAUGUACAAGUACACCCCCCUGGAC